AUGUCACUUCAAUACACGGCAGAGUUCCUCGUUCAUCUGCGAGAAUCACCACUAUGCAUCAAACCGCCCGCGUUGCCACCUGCUGAAGAAUGGAUGGGACCUCUCCCCGACAAUUCUCGAACCCAAGGCAGCAGCAACAACAAUAACAGCCAGACCAAGACUCCUGCCGACAGAAGAAGCAACGACAACCCUCUGCUUGAUCAAACGAAUCGUCGCCCCGCCCUCGAUCGUCACGUCUCACGAAACAGCGCAAACCCCGAAGACAUCAUUCUUGGACCGCCCCGAACCGCUUUUGCUUCUGCCACCUUGCGCAACGGCAAACCUUUCGACAGCGAAAAGGGCAUCAAGGACGCUGACUCGCCCAGUCGCUUCAACUUUCGCAACCGCAACGGAGAUACCCCAGAGGGUGACCGCUUCCGCGACUCGAGAAACGCCAACUUCCGUCGUCGUGGUGACGGCGAUCAGGAUCAGGAGGGAUGGAGCACCGUCAAGCCACGCAAGAGCUUCGGACACGAGGGCGCCGAGCGCUUUCAAGGUCGCAUGGGCGCUGGUGGUGGCGAUAGGCUCCCCAACGAACGUCGUCCGCGUGAUCGCGAUGAUCGGGAGGGUCACAGAGACCGAACCCUCCGCAACUUUGAGCACCACGAUAAGGACAAGGACCAUGACCACGAGGAGGCUGAAUCACGACCCCGAAACGGUCUUAGCAGGGGCAAAUCGGAGCCCUGGUUCAAGAAUGACAGCAACAGUAACAACAACAUCAGCAACAACAGCAACGUUGCCAGCACUCCCGAGAAGCCUCCCAUGACAGCUCGCGAGCGCAUCGAUCGUGCCAAGAGCUGGAGAGACCGAAAUCGGGAUGCCGAGCCCGUUGAAGAGAAGACUACCAGCCGGAACUACGAGCGUCGUUGGGAUCGUGGUGAUCACAGGCAAGAGCGGGAGCCCGAAUGGUUUGACGAACCUGCCGGAGAAAAGUCAGGAGGCCACACGGAAGAAGAUUUCAAGAAGUUCAUGGAGAGCAUGAAGGCCAGCCGCAACGCCUCGGCUGGGGACAAAGCGCCAGUCGCGGUCGCCGAGGCUGCGAUCAAGGCCGAGCAGCCGGCUGUCGCUUCAGCGCCUGCUGUCGAGGUUGGUCCCGACCAGUUCUUCCUCAAGUUUGCAUCCACCGCCGGCUUGGAUGCCGGUUCCCCCAUUGAACCCAACAAGGAGACUCCCGCCAAACCUAAGACUGGCGGUGGCAAGUCGUCGCGCUUCACGUCCUUCUUCAAUGCUCCUCAAGACGACCCCAGCCGUCGCAUGCAGACAGAGCCCUCGACACCUCUUGCUGGACUGUCCAUUGGUGCUCCUGAUGGGUCUGCGCCGGCUCCCGAUUCCGAGAAGCAAGCUUUUCAGGCUUUGCUCAUGAAACUGCAGCGUUCCAACGUCCAGUCUUCUACGCCCCCCGCAUCGCACCCUUUCCAGGAACCCCCCCCACUUGCGCGUGAACCGGCUUCUUCAAGUUCGGUAGCGUCGCCCGAGCCAUUCCAGCAAUAUGGCGGCGAGCGCCGGGAGGAACACCGUCCUCGCAUGCCCCAAGCCUCGAUGUCUAUGUCGGACAUUCUUGCUCCGCGCCCCACGAUGCCAGGCCAGCAGCCUGCUGUCCGCCAAGACCAAUUGCUUCAGGAGUUGGUUGGCCAGCGUCAUCAGGCCUCUAGCCAGGGCUCAGGUAGAAUGGAGCCGAACCAGGGUCGCAACAUGAGCAACACUGAGUUCUUGAUGAACUUGAUGAGAAACCAACCCGAGCCUCCGCGCACCGAGCAGCUUCUCAUGCGCAUGCCGCAGCCUCAGCGUGCUGCUCAGAUCCCGCAUGCUCCAGAGCGUGAUCCCGACUUCCCGCAGGGGAUUCCCCAGGGGAUCCCGCAGGGCAUGCCGCAGGGCGGCCGUGGUUCCCAACGCCAGAUGAGAGGCCAAGGCCCGCCGGGCUUCAUGGACGAAGCAUUCCACCACCCGGAACCCGAGGCUCGUAUGCAGCCUACACAAAUUCUGCAGCGCCCUCCUCCGCCACCCGGUUUGGAUCAGAUGAAUCCCAACUGGAUCCAGGGCGGCGGUCCCCUUCCCCCUCAACAGAGAUCUAUUAUUCCUCCUCCUGGUCUUGCGGGCGGUCCUGGACGCAAUCACCCCAUGGGUGCCAUGUUUCCGCCCAACUUCCCUCCUGGCGCAUUUCCGCCCCCGGAGGUCAUGGCGGGCCCGCCCCCGCGCAACAUGCCACCUCCUCCGGGCUUCUUCGGCGGCCCUCCUCCUGGAUUCAUUCCUCCGCCUGGAAUGCCUGGAUUCCCUGGUCCUGCCGGACCCGAAGGUCACGGUUUCCACUUUGACGGACGCAUGCCUCCCCCGGGCGCCGCUCAGGCGUUCCGGAGACAGUAG